CGCCAAAACCACUAAAGGGCGACCCUUGCGCCUUGGUCAUUCAUGAGCCUCGCUGUCGCCUCACUCACCGCCCUCGCUUCUGGGUGCUUCUCAAACAGCGCCCAAUUCGAGCGGUGGAGCCACUUCAAGGACUACGGCCUUCCGGGCGUCAAGCACGACCCGCUCAACCAGGCUGCGAUCGCAGACGGCUCCUGCCGCCUCGUUGAGCCUCCACUCGAGCUAGACGGCGACUCGUUUUGGACGCAGCGUGCACGCGUGAGCGCCGUGCUCGCCGCCCUCGCCGAAGCUCCGCCCACCGACAAGCCGUCUCAUUUUGUGCGUGCCACUAAUGCGCUACUCCGGAGGCCUUGCAGUACGCCAUUUCCUGCACUCCCGGCAAACUUCACGCUCGGAGAGCGCAAGGCCGCACUCCAGAACUGGUACCACGCUCUGUGCGCGCCGGAGGCCGACUCUAGCUGGGCCGGCCAGUACGAUCCCGCCGAGCAGCCGCAGCAGGCGGCGUUGACGGCUGGCUUCGCCUGCAUCGUGGCGUGCGGCGCUAGCGGUGGCAAACUCGGCGGAAAGGCGAUGAGCAGCCUCACUACGGGCGCGCAGGCGGCCCGCAAAGCGCUGUGCGCCGCGCUGCCCUGGGGCACCGUCGACUUCUCGACGGCGGCGACCGAAGCGGAGUUGGGCCGGAUGGCGUCGCCUGUGCUGAGCAAGCCAUGCGGUUGCGCACUCACGGGAGAGCUCUGAGUUUGAUCCGUUUUUGUGUACACAUGUACAGUGAACACUGCACCCUCGGGCUCUCAGUCUCAGAACACACGAAGUGUAAAGAUAGAAGCGAAUGCCGAUCAAGUGUCACACACAGUGUGAGUACCGUAAUGUCGUCCGUUUGUUUCCACCCCCCACAAUUUGAGGGCACAAUAAAUAUUUGUGAACGCGCGCGUGGCCGCUUGAGAGACUGCAACGUCAAAGCCAAACACAACCGACUCGAGUCUCACCUCGCCCGCCCGGUGAGGCGUGAGGCAGUCUCAGUCUGCUCCUCGAGAGCAACUCGCGUGCCGCCGCCCGUCGGCGCAAAAUCGAGGGCGGCGGGCGGCUCCGUGCCGGUGUAGCGGAGGUAGCGGAGGCGAUCGCGGCUGCAGGCGUUCCACACGCCCCGCCGCGCGAGCCGCGCCGCCACCGGGACCUGCAGCUCGGGGUAGCCGAGGUGGACGCGCUGCGCCUUGGCGGCGACGUAGACGGCGGUGGCGUUGGCGUCGAGCACGCGCAGCAGGUCGUCGAGGGCGGAGGGCGCGCUGAGGAAGCAGUUGUCAUUUGCCAUCUUGUGCAUCGUGCCGUACGGGUGGCACGGGCUCACGCUGCUCGCCGCCCUCGCCGCCCACUCGCGCACUGCGGCGCCAUCGCCGAGGGCGGAGGAGCGGGUGGG